UUGCAGUAACGUCGAGCUUCUCGUGCGUGCACCACACGGAAUACACGCAGUUCGCGUGACAGGUGACCAUUCUGGUUUACGAGCGAAUAUACAACGCGAUGUAAAUCACGUUCGUUCCACGCGUGUGAUCGAGGAUCGAUCGAAUCACCGAUUUCGGUUCGAUCGAUGAGACACGAACGACGUUGGAUCGUUCAGGAAUAAAUCGUGCACGGUGAUCGAUAAUAGUUUCGGGCGCGAUUGAUAAAAAGAAAAACGACGAGUGAUACUGCGGUCAGCGGGAUGACUAGCGUUUCUGGAAUCUUAUAAAGAGGAUUGAUAAAGCCAGAUAUAGUUCAGUCUCCGAGGGCCUCGCGUUCAUCUCGCGUCGAUCGUUCGGCCCAGUUUCUCCGUGAACCACGACCGAGCGUGUCGGGAUCAGUGAACGACCGGCAGUUGUCCACGCGAGUGAAGGAAACGCGUGACGAAAUCAAGAAUUUUCGCGAGAUAAAUCGAGUGACCUUGCGCUUACCACUCAGAGUUACAAUGAACCGUGAAGCACAUAAUUGAAAUCGCGAACUCGAAUCGGGAUUGAAUUACGAACGUUCCCGUAAUAUUUUACACGGUAUGAGGAUCGCUCUUCCACGAACGAGUUUGUAUAUGGAGAAUUACACAUCAGACUCGAGCGACUCGGACUCGAGCGCGAAGACGCUGGACCUUUCUUACCUGAUGCUCGAUACGCAAGUACUGAACGAUCAUUUCGUGAACGCGAAAAAUCCUGAACACGUGGACACGUUGUUACUGCAUCAAAAUCGUUUGAACAGCGUACCGCCGACGAUAGUCAGGUUCACGAAUUUGAACUCGUUGGACGUGUCAAACUGCGGCCUUUACCAGCUAUCGGACUUCCUCGGCGACUGUCCCCUGUCCUGUCUAGUGGCCAAGCACAACAAUUUGACCAACGAUUUCUUACCGAAAUGUUUUAAAAAUUUGUCUGGCCUCAGAGAGCUGAACCUCAGCGGGAACCGACUGACGGACUUCCCGGAACAGAUACUCGAUCUGACGGAUCUCAAGUACCUCUACUUGGGAGGCAACCAGAUCACCGAGAUCAGCAAAGAUGUUUGGAAACUGCAGAGAUUGCAGGUGCUGUCGAUGGGCGGAAAUCGGCUGACGGAGGUCCCGUCGACUCUGGGCGAACUGAAGUCUCUUCAAGCGUUGGUGCUCUGCGACAACAUGUUGGAGAAUCUUCCCAGUUCCAUAGCGAAAUUGACGAAUCUCAAGUCGUUGUUGCUUCACAAGAACAGGCUGACGACGCUACCCACCGAGAUCAUCACGCUCAAAUGUCUGACAGAGUUAUCGCUGAGGGACAAUCCACUGGUGGUUCGAUUCGUAUCUGACAUGACGCACGAUCCUCCGUCCUUGUCGGAACUGGCCGCUAGAGUGAUAAAAAGCAGCGACAUCAAAUACGAUGAGGAGAGUAUACCAAGAAACCUGGUGGAGUAUCUAAACAGUAGCCAUCGUUGCGUCAAUCCAAAGUGUAAAGGUGUAUUCUUCAACAACAGAGUGGAGCACGUCAAGUUCGUCGACUUCUGCGGGAAAUAUCGUCUGCCAUUGCUGCAAUAUCUCUGCAGCAGCAAAUGCAUAGAGUCGCGUGACGGAGAUCAAGUGGUCAGCGGCGCGAUGAUAAGAAAGGUUCUCCUGGGUUGAUCACGCACUACGGAUCGAUCGUUUCGGUCGACGUAAAAUCGAUUAAACAGGAUAAAAAUGUGAAUACAAUUUUUCCACGUAAAAUCCCAGAACUGAUUUCGCCUCGUACUGGCGCGUCUCGAACGUCCCUUGUACAAUUCCAAAUAUAAAUCUCGACGAGUCUCUUCUUCAUUAACGCGUUGCGUACUCCACCGUCAGGAAUGAAACCGCAGUCUGUUAA